AUGUCUAAGAAGGGUAAAGGGGUUGUUUUCGAUUCAGCGACAAAUUAUGGUGUUGGGCCGUACGAGGAUGCUAAAGCGAGGGUAAAGCAUCAAAAUCUUUUGCAGGACUAUGAAGAGUUGCAAAGGGAAACUGAUGCUAUGAGAAGCAAAUUAGACGCAGCUAGUAAGAGGAAGUCGAUUCUUGCUGCUGAAGUUCGGUUUUUGCGGAAAAGAUAUAAGCACCUCGUGAAAUCAAAGAACAUGGAUUCUUCACACGAACAAGCGCAUGCACAGAAGAGAACUCCCCCCAAGAAAGCUAAAACCCCAAAGGAAUCGGUUUUCAUCAGUAAAGAAACAAGUCCAAGUCAGCAUAUAUUACCUUUAGUUCCUCAACUGAUAAAGAAGAAACAAUGUGUAGUUGAACCAGCUGUUCUGAGCAAUGCCUUUCCAGCAAUAACCGAUCAUCCUCGCAAGAAAAUCUUGAACCAGAAAGAAAAGAAGCGCAUGAAGAAAGAAGCUGUGGCCCCAAACGUGGCCUUACUGUACGACAAAACCCAGAAGGAAAGAAUCCUUUGUGCGAAUGACGCAGGUUUAAGGAAUCCAAUUGCCACUUUCGAUCUGAAUGAGGACAGUUGCCCUAACGGAAAAGAAGCUUCUUUUCUUAGCCGAGCUCCGAUUUUCGACUUGAAUGAAAUCUCGACAGGGGAUGAGGAUUUUGGGACAAACGUUGAGGCAGUCGGGUUUGAGGAAUCAAGAAAGAGUUUAAUCAGAGGUUUAAACGGCGAGCAGCAAAAUGAUUUGAAUUUGGCUUUCUGUAGAAAUUCUGGGGAAGGAUCGUCUCGUGUGGGGAAGAGGAAAAUUUCGUGGCAAGACCCGGUUGCUUUGAGGGUUUGA